AUGGUAGCCACGAGCAGUGUCCACAACCGAUCGCACAGCCUGCUCCUGCUGCAGAAGCUGCUCAACCUCCGCGACUCGGCCAGUCCUCUGACGCUUGUCCACGACAGUCUGGAGCAGCCAGCGCAACCUGUGCUCGACGAGUACGUCCACCGCGCAAAGAUUUCGAAAACAAAAAUCAUUCUGCUCUCUUUUGCGACGGUCAAGAAGCCCCAGAUGGUGGACAUGAUGAUCAAGGCGGCCGGCAGGGACUUGCGACUUGUCGUCAAGGAACUGGUUGCGCAUUAUCCCGCCCAUGAUCCGAAACAGCCAAGAGAGAAACCAAAUCAAAGGGCCAUCAUCCUCAUCGACUCGCUCAACAACCUCGCGUCCACAGCCGCAAGCUCCCUCUCGCACUUCCUCUCCAGCAUCCUGACUCCGGCAGUAUCGCUAGUAUCCGUAUAUCAUACCGACGUGCCCAUUCUACUACCACCUUCGUUCAACGAGUACGAACCACACCCCUUCACCGUCAUGAACCACCUCGCUACCGCUAUCCUGCGCCUCUCCAGCCUGCCUCAAGAAAUCGACAGGCAAAAGGCACGCAACCGCGCCGUCCAAGAACCCGAGUGGGGCCUCAGGGAAGACCGCGAAGGCGUCCUCAUAGGCCUCAGGCCAAGGGCCUCCGACCGGGACAGAGGCGUCGUCAUCGACAUGGAGCUGCGGCGCAAGAGCGGGCGGACAGUCACGGAAAAGUUCAUCCUGCAGCGCCACCUGGCGGCUGCGGCAAAGUCGGGCACGGGCAGGAUCACGCUGCUGACAGACCAUGCCCUGUUCAGCCCGGUAGAGGCGGACCGCGCGGACGGGGAGGAGCCUGAGAGUACCUUUAACUUGGGCCUAACGGAAAAGCAGCGGAGGGACAGAGAGGGCAUAGUGCUCCCGUAUUUCGAUGCGCAGACGGACAUUGGGGCCGGCGAGGGCGGCAGGAUAUUGUACGAGAUGGGGAGAGAGGACGACUUUGAUGACGAGGAGGACGAGAUUUAG